UAUAUAUGAUGUAGAGGUGCUGUUAAUUUUAUAAUUAGCUUUGUGAUAUUAAUAUUAGGAUCUAUUACAGACGUAAUGGUGUCGACGUGGGGCAUUGCCGAGGUUUCUGCUUGGCUUACAAGAAUAGGAUUACAAAAAUAUGUUCAAGCUUUUGUGGACAAUGAAAUGGAAGGGCAAGACAUUUUGGACAUUAGUGAGAUGAUGAUUGGGAAGCUGAUACCUCCAAUGGGAAAACAGCUCCUUUACUUAAGGGAGCAGGCUAUUUUGAAGUGCUCAUCUUCUCCCUCAAAGCUGGAUGCCAAACCUGGAGCUGAAACGCAGUCACCUCCGACAGGAAACUCAUCAGAAAUAACUUCUACCCCAACAAGCAGUACAUCAGGAAUAACCUCUAGGCCGAGCAGUACGUCAGGAAAACAAUCACCAACUUCCCAGAUAGACACUUUGUUCACUGAUGAUGAGGAAAACCCUGAUGAACUUUGGAAUGAUCUACAGAAUUACAAACUGCCUCUAUUUUCACCAUGCAUAAAGACCAUCUUGCAAACAAGGAAAAGUCCACGGGAUUACCUGCCUGGGACUUCAAACAGAAGGGCAGUCAUCAGGGCCCUUACAGAUGAUCUAGUAAAGAAGCAUAUUGUAAAUGUUGGAGGAUGUCCCUUCGUACCAAGAUGAAAAAUAUUCGAAUGCCAUUAGAAUUGAAUAAUGUGCAAUUUCUUAAAAAAAAAAAUUUGGUUGCCUAGGGACAGGAGGUCGUAAGAGGGUUGCAGAAACAGU